AACAAACCAUAAAUACUCUUCUCCCUCAAAGGAGUCCGCUCCGAUUUCCCGCUCAAGCUCUCCCACAGUCCCACUCAAGCUCGCUGCUGGACCUCCCCAAAUCUAUCUGCCUCAGAAUUCUUGCUCGCUGCUCGCCUGCUCGACCUCCUCGAAUCUAUCUCCCUCAGAAUUCUUGCUCUCCUGAACCAUACCAGAAUGGAGGACACCGAUGAUUGGGUUGAUCCAAUUGUGGAUCGGACACUCCUGCUCGUUGGGGAAUCUGGGAGCGGCAAGAGCUCUCUCGGUAACAGAAUUCUCGGUCAAGAGUCUUUCGCCUACAAGAAUCAGUACGGGUCGGUCACCACAUGUUGCGAAAUCAAGGAAGCAUAUCUGUCAGAUACCCUUCGAUGCCAGAUAAUUGACACCCCUGGUGUUGUUUCUGGAGAGGAUGAUGCGCUAAAAGAGAUUGGAACGGCCUGCUUUCAGGUCAAACGUGGUGUACAUGCGGUUCUUCUGGUUAUGUCCGUGCGAAACAGAUUGGAGGAGACAGGCAUAGUUGAUAUGCUAGCGAGGUUGUUUACACCGAAGAUAAUGGAGUAUGUAAUUGUGGUGUUCACGGGAGGAGAUCUGUUGGAGAAAGAGGGUCGAAGUUUGGAUGACUAUCUCGGACGGGAUUCUGCUGAACUACAGAAAAUUCUCACACUCUGUGGUGGUCGAAAGGUGCUCUUCGACAAUAAGACUGCCGAUAAGGUUAAGCAACGUUUCCAAGUGCGGCAGCUUCUUGGUAUGGUUAGCAAACUAGAGGUGCAGCCUUACACGUUCAGCACGCUGUUUGAUGAACUCCAGUUGCAGAAUCGCAGUCCGGCCGUAGGAGACUUGUCCCCUGAAACAGAAAAGGUGAAUGCUCUGAUUGAUCAAGCAUAUCAGGGGGAUACCUCUUGCUUUAAGGAACCAAACAAUGAAAGCAUGGCCGCAAUGGUGGACAAGAAGCUACAAGAUACUAUGGUGAUGUUUAAGAAGGAAAUAAUGAGUGAAGUUGAAGCACGGAAGAAGCUGCACUCUGAAAUACAAAAAUUAAUAGCAGAAACGAAAGAAGCUGUGCGUCUACUGCAGCUCAAGGUUGACACAGUUGUUGAUGAAAUCAAGGAGAUUCGGAGGAAGAGCGCGAAGCAAGGUUGUCGAUUUAUGUGAAGCGAAGGACAGCCAGAAUGGAGCUACUAAGCUUUUGCUGAUCUGUUUUCUAUUUGAGCACAUGUAGUGACAUUUGAGGACAAUGUCUGUUUUGAUCUAUCUUUUGCAGCCAUGCAUGGCUAUGAGACAUCUCAUUACAUGAUUGAUUACAUGUGUUCACCUAUGACACUUGUCUUUGCCUUGUGUUCACCCUC